UCCACCCCUUCGCGCAGAUAGACAAAGGCUCAGCGCCUCUCUUCGGAUGGGACAGGGAAGGAAUUGUGCAGGCGCCGUCAACCGGGCCGCUUAUCGCCUCGCCGUCGCCUCACCUCGGGAGCCCGGACCCACCUGGCGCGGCAGAGUUCUGCCCUGAUUAUACCUAUUGCUUCAUUCUUUCCUAUUCUUGAAAAUGAAAAGAAUGAUUUUAUAUUUCCUUUUGCUGGUUGGACUUUUUCCUGUUUCAGCCAGGGAACGACAGCUUCGAAGAAUAUCUUUAAGUCAAAGAAAUGAUGCUACUUUUCUUGAAAAUGCUUGCAGUAAUAAACGUCUUGACCUUGUGUUCAUCAUUGAUAGCUCUCGGAGUGUUCGCCCUUACGACUUUGAAAAAGUGAAAGAAUUUAUCUUAACCAUCCUGCAGUUUUUGGACAUUAGUCCCGAUAACACUAGAGUGGGAUUAAUCCAAUAUGCCAGCACAGUCAAAAAUGAAUUUUCACUGAAGACUUUUAAGAAGAAACAGGAUGUAGAGAGAGCAGUGAAAAGGAUGAUGUAUCUUGCCACUGGAACCAUGACAGGAUUAGCUAUUCAGUAUGCAAUGAACAUUGCAUUUUCAGAAUCUGAAGGGGCUCGGCCACUCAGAGAGAAUGUACCUAGAGUUAUCAUGAUAGUGACAGAUGGGAGACCACAGGAUCCAGUUGCAGAAAUUGCAGCAAAAACCCGAAAUUCAGGAAUCCUAAUAUUUGCUAUUGGAGUGGGAAGGGUAGAUAUGAACACACUAAAGUCAAUCGGGAGUGAACCUUAUGAAGAACAUGUUUUUCUGGUUGCAAACUUCAGCCAAAUUGAAUCACUGACUUCUGUGUUCCAAACUAAAAUCUGUGUCCAGCAUAUGUGUAGUAUAGCUCAACAUGGUUGUGACCAUUUCUGCAUCAACAUUCCUGGCUCUUAUGUAUGUAAAUGUAAACAUGGAUAUAUUCUGGACUUAGAUCGGAGAAGCUGUAGCAUCCAGGAUCUAUGUGAGACUGAAAAGCAUGAAUGUGAACACAUAUGUGUAAAUACACCUGGAUCCUAUGUCUGCCAAUGUUAUGAUGGCUAUGAACUUGAAGAAGAUGGGAAGAAUUGUUUUAUUGUGGACUAUUGUGCUUUAAAUAACCAAGGCUGUCAACAUGAAUGUAUCAAUACUGAAGAUUCUUAUUAUUGCCAGUGCCAUAUUGGGUUUGUUCUAAAUCCAGACAAAAAAACUUGCAAACGACCAGACCAUUGUGCUUUGAAAAAUCAUGACUGUCAGCAGAAAUGUGUCAAUACAGAUGAAUCCUACUUUUGCCAAUGCAACCAAGGAUUUACUCUUAAUCCGGAUAAGAGAACGUGCAAAAGAAUAAAUAUCUGCAGUUUAGGUAAACAUGGCUGCCAGCAUGAAUGUGUUAGCACUGAAGAAUCAUAUAUGUGCAAAUGUCAAACUGGAUACAUUCUAAACCAUGAUGGUAAAACAUGCAGAAGAAUAGAUCAUUGUGCUGAGUUCAAUCAUGGGUGUGAACAGCUCUGUCUAAAUACCAGAGAAUCCUACAUUUGCCAGUGCUCUGAAGGAUUCAUCAUUAAUGAGGAUCUGAAAACUUGUUCACGAGCAGAUUAUUGUUUGCUGAAUGACCAUGGCUGCGAACAUUUAUGUGCGAACACUGGAACAUCUUACAUUUGCCAGUGCAUUGAAGGAUAUGUGCUUCAGAGUGAUGGGAAAGCCUGCAAACGUACAGAUCUUUGUAAGCUGGUGGACCAUGGAUGUGAGCAACUUUGUGACAGUGAUGGUGAAUCAUAUGUCUGCAAGUGUCAUGAAGGAUUCAAACUAAACAAGGAUAGAAGAACCUGCAGAAAUCAAGAUGUCUGCAAGUCCAUUGACCAUGGGUGUGAACAUAUCUGUGUUAAUAUUAAUGAUUCAUAUGCCUGUGAAUGCCAUGAAGGAUUUAUUUUAUGGAAUGAUGGGAAAACAUGCAAAAGAUGUAAUGAAGGCCCAAUUGAUCUGGUAUUUGUGAUAGAUGGAUCAAAAAGUCUAGGAGAAAAUAACUUUGAAAUUGUCAAGGAAUUUGUCUUGGGAAUUUUGGACUCUCUUACAAUAUCUCCCAAAGCUGCACAUAUUGGUUUGUUGCAAUAUUCCAGCCAUGUUCGCACAGAAUUCACACUGAAACAAUUCAACACAGCCAAAGAUAUGAAGAAAGCAGUGACACAAAUGAAAUACAUGGGGAAAGGCUCCAUGACCGGGCUUGCGCUGAAACAGAUGACUGAGAGAAGCUUUACUGAAGCAGAGGGAGCCAGGCGCAUCUCAGCAAAUAUUCCCAGGGUGUCAGUUGUGUUUACAGAUGGACGUGCCCAAGAUGAUGCUUCUGAAUGGGCAGCUAAAGCAAAACAAAGUGGAAUCACUAUAUAUGCUGUUGGAAUAGGGAAAUCGAUUGAGGAAGAAUUACGAGCAAUUGCUUCUGAACCUGUUGAAAAACAUAUUUUUUAUGCUGAGGAAUUUAAGGCCAUGGAAGAGAUCACUGAAAAACUGCAGAAAAGAAUCUGUGAAGAUCUAAAGAAUUACCAGGAAACAACAAAUCGGCUUCAUUCAAUGAAUUUACUUUCUGAAGAACCUGAAGCAUCUACCUUAGCAAUCACAGAUGUUCUUUCCUGUUCCAAUUUUGCUGUGCAUCAUAAAUAUCUUUUUAAAGAAAAGCAGUUAUGGACAAAAGCUUCAGCAAAUCCUUCAGAUGACAAGAAAAACCUAUGCAAAUGUGAGAAUCUUACAAAUUUCCAGAAUUUCGCAACUACUGAAUUUAGGAAACUAAUUCAGCAACUGGAAGAAAUGUCAAAAAGAAUAGAAGCACUGGAAAAUCGAUUAAGAUACUAAUAAAAUGACCUUAGCAGCAAUAUACCUUUGUUGGAUAUUUACACACAAGAAAAUGUAUCAAAGUGUAGGUAGGUACGUGCACAAAAAAGGAGAAUUUAUAACUUCAGUAAUUUAGAGUACUGUAAUAGUGUAUUUUUGCAUUGACUAAGAUAAAAUUACAAACUUUUUAAAAAACUGUAUUUUUUCAAUUGAGAAGCUAUAUAUUGUAAAAUAUUAGUGCAGUUUCCCCCAAAAUGACAUCCUCUGAUAAUAAGCCCAAUCGGGCUUUUGAGCGCAUGGCAAUAAGGCCAAGCACUUAUUUCAGGGUUCAAACAAAUAUAACAGUGUCUUAUUUUCAGGGAAACACGGUAUAAAAGGCGAUUUUUACUAUUUAGAAAUCUGGAAAGGCCAAAUAUUGUUCACUAUUCAUUGUAAUAAUGUACUGACUGGACGCACUCAAGUGUUAUGUUACAAUGGUUUCCUGUGCUUCUCAUGCAGCGGUAAUGCCAAUAUCUGCAGUAAUAACAAGUAAUUUCUCUGUGCUUAAACUCUUUCUAUAGCCAACACUUCUCAUAAGUGAUUGAUUCUAAGAAUUUGAGAAGUAGUAACCAACAUAUUUAAGGCGCACUCCCUAUGUUCAUAUUAACCACUAAGUAUUUAUAUGUGGGAUAGGGUUUGGGGAUAUAAUGUAUAAAAUGUUAUUUUAUUGCUAGAAUUAUAUACCAAAAUUUUGAAUAUCUUCAUUUUAUAAAAAAAAAAAAUUCUCAAACAUAUGUAUCACACAAGUAUUCGAUGUGUUGGCCAACGGAUACUUGCAGGAAUGGUAGCCAUCAUAUGGGAAAAUUAAUUCAUUCCAGAAUGAAUUAUAGUAUUAUUAUUUCAGAACAAAUUAAGAAGUGCCUUAGCUGAAUUAUGCCAAAAAUAAAUUAUGUCCAAUAACCUUUUCCCACCAUCUAUUGUUUUUCUUUCAGUUGUUCAUAAGCUAUUCUGUUUGGCUUUCUUGCUCUAAAUAAAAGGCUGAAUUUGCUUAA